AUGAGUAAUAAGGAAGAGUAUGUUGAUGGGGCUUUCGGAAGUGGUGUCAAAGAGGUUAGUUCUAUAGCUGCUAGAUGUGAUAAUGGUUAUGCGCCUUCGUUAAUCACGUCGACAUCAGGCAUGGACUCCUUUCAAUCGCACGCGCUACUGAAUGAUCCGACCCUAAUAGAGGAUUAUUCAGACAUCAUUAAUAAUAGGCCCACGGGUGGAAGUAAGCUUACUUCAGGAAACGAGGAUUCUGAGAGUAUGGGUGGAAGUGUUGUGGUGACUCCCACUUCGAAUAAGAGUUCGCCCUUCAACUCGAAACUUAAUGUAUUGAGUAAUCCGGCAGAAAAGAGCCAUAGUGCCCUGCGAAAUACAGAUGAUGACAAAGAUGUUGAGGAGGAGAAUGUGGAGAAACAUACGCAUAGCGACAGCAGAAGAGAUCAACGACAUUCAAAAGAAAACUCUUCGGAAUUGCCCGACUCGUAUGAUUAUUCAGAUUCAGAAUUCGAGGACAAUUUGGAAAGAAGGCUACAAGAGAUCGAGACUGAUUCUGUGGAUAGUGCCGAUAAGGAUGAGGUGCAUUUUACAGUGAGCAAUACAAUGAACCGAGAGCUUUCUGACGUUGACGAUUUUAGUGACGGCUUGAAAUACGCCAUCUCCGAGGACGACGAUGAAGAAGAAAACUACUCUGAUGAUAACGAUUUUGAUAGAAAAUUUGAAGAUGCGGAGUUUGAAGGAGAGAAGGACGAUUUGGAAGAGGAAAAUGACGAUUAUCAACCCUUAUCACCGCCAAGAGAACUGGACCCUGAUAAACUAUAUGCUCUAUAUGCGUUCAAUGGACAUGAUUCUUCACAUUGUCAAUUAGGGCAGGAUGAACCCUGUAUACUUUUGAAUGAUCAGGAUGCCUACUGGUGGCUGGUGAAGAGGAUCACGGAUGGUAAAAUUGGGUUUGCGCCCGCAGAAAUCCUAGAAACCUUCCCAGAAAGAUUAGCUCGAUUGAAUUGUUGGAAAAAUGAGAACAUGUCUUCUCAAUCGGUUGCUUCCUCUGAUUCCAAAGACGAUUCCAUCAACUCUGAUAGCAAGAAUGAGAGUGAUGCAGGGAGUAUAAUUCCGACACCUGCAUUGAAUGGAUAUGGUAAGGGGAACAAAUCUGUUAGUUUUAAUGACGUUGUCGGUUAUGCAGACAGGUUUAUAGAUGAUGCGGUUGAAGAUACCUCGUUGGAUAGUAAUAAUGAUGGCGGUGAUGAUGACGGAAAAUCGUACGACAAUGAUGUUGAUAACGACAAUGAAACAAAAGUAAGGCACCGGGACGAAUACAGUGAAGCAAAGUUGAAUUUUGGAAAAUUUCAGGAUGACGACAUGAGCGAUGUAGUGAGUGACGUCUCUUUUAGUACAUCUUUGAAUACACCACUAAAUGUGAAAAAAAUUCGGAGGCCAGACAUUAAAAACGAGAGUGCGCUCAAGCCAUCAUCCAGUAAUGGCGGCGAGGAUGGUCACAAUGCGAAUCGGGAUGUGGGGAAAGAGAAGUCCGAGCCGGUUGAUAGUGAUUACGAUGCCGAUCUGAGAAAAGUAUUUGAAGCUCCUCGUAUGCCAUUUGCGAAUGGCAUCGCGAAAUCAGACUCUCAAAACUCCCUUUCAACAAUUGGUGAGUUUUCACCUUCGUCAUCCGAAUGGACAAACGAAUCGCCAUCCACGCCAAUAGUUGAAGAAAGCAGCAGUAUUCCAUCAUCUAGAGCAAUAAAGGACAUUUCACAAUAUAUUCAUGCAAAAUCGAAAAUUGAAGAGUCAACAAAUAUGGAAAGCACACAGAAGCAAAGUCAGCCCAGCCUGGAACCUACUGAAGGGAUGGAGAAUCAAACUGACGUAGAACAACCUGAAGGGGAGCUAGAAAAACGUCAUAGUACGCAUGAAGAAGAAAAGCAGUCAAGCCUAUCGUUACAUUCAUCAUCAGAAGAAGAUUUUUACAUGGACGAACAAAGAGCGAUAUCAUCAGCAAGCAUAAAUAGUUCACUUUCUGGAUCAAGGGCAUUGUCUAAUACCAAUAUGUCCGAUCCGGCUUCAAAGCCUCAUUCUUUGGUUCAACAUCUCUAUGCUCCAGUUUUUGACAGGAUGGAUGUGUUAAUGAAACAAUUGGACGAAAUUAUUCGCAAAUGA